GCCCAUUCAAUCUCUCCUCCGCGAUGGUUUCCUCUAACGACGUGCAGAGAUUAUUUCUCCAAGCCAUCCUUUCUCGUCGUGUUGUCUCUCAGAAACUUGCGGUGAAGAUAUGGCAAGGAUGCGUUGAUGCUGUGACAGCCGCCGACGAAUCAUUAGAAAUUCCCUUCUCUGAGAGCAGAGCAGCUUGGGAUGCAUUAGUUACCCAGAUAAACGAGUCGUUGAAUUGCCUCGACCUCGAAUUUAUUAACACCCAUGACCAGGAUACGGGUGCGGAGAUGUAUGCAGUCGUCAAUAGGAGGGGAGAUGAAGUCGCUCAGAUGGCGACCGAUUAUUCACCGGUAGAGAUUGCAUAUUUCAAAGCUAUUGUCGAGCAAAUUAUGCUGGCACCUAAUGAGUCGUUCUGUGUAUCCUCAUUGGCCGCACUGCGCGAGGUUAAUUCAUUAAAGUCAACUAUGACCAAGGCGCAGGCCGAGGUUGUACUCGGUAGCUUCGUAGCAAAAGGGUGGCUCAGUAAGAGCAAAAAAGGUCGUUAUUCGUUAUCCCAGAGGACUCUUACUGAGCUUCACGUAUAUCUCAGGAGCACAUAUGCCGAUGAGAUCUCCGAAUGCACCAUCUGCUUCGACAUUGUCACUCGAGGAAUCCGGUGUAAUACCCCUCAAUGUAAAUCGCGUAUGCACACUUACUGCUAUAACGGCUACAAACGGCGUACCCAGACAUGCCCGACAUGUAACAACCACUGGCAACCUCUCCCUGUGGGCGAGGAAGGGUGGAGCGAAGGACAAGAUAAGGGUAAACGACGAGUUAGGCAGAGAUCCAGCGAAGAAGGCAGCGAUGAAGAGGACGUCGAUGGUGAGGUUGAUGACCUUGCCUUUCGGGCACAAUCGCAAGCAGAAUCAAGAGCUGCGUCUUCGCAAUCUUCUCAGCCGCGACAGAAUGGGAGGGGUAAGGGCAAGAAGAAAGCAGUAGUAGAUGACGAGGAAGAAGAGGAAGAAGAGAAUGCAACUCCUCAACCACGCGCCCAGAAGCGAAAAAGUCGCCGCUGACACCCUUUUGUAGAUUUCCCGCCAGACAUUUAUGUGCUGUUUUGCGCCUAAUGACCGUCUGAUUAUGAGGCCUGGGCCUCUCACUAUAUGUACUGAUUACCCUCUAUUCUUGAUAGCCUACUGUAGUAUUGCUUCAUCUGUUCCUUG